AUGAACCGUCGCCUCCUCUCCGCCCUCGGCAGUCGUCGAACUAUCGCGAACUUCUCCCCCAAAGAUCUGGAGCGAAUCGCAACGAAGAGGAACGAAUUGGCUGCCGACUUCGAUCGCGGCCUGGGGGAAGAUGGUGAAGGCAACAAGAUCAGGCUUGACGCCGAGGAGAAAACGAUCAGCACGUCGGUUGGCGAGCUGCCCAUGUCACCCCUCAUGGAUCCAGACUUCGUAGAGACUACCAAGAGGUGGAGGCAUCACAAGGGGAGGGCGAAUAAAGGCGAAGUCAAGGACCUAAAGGAGAGAGCGAGGAGGAAACUUGAGGAAAAUGCAUAUGCUCAUGCAUUGGCGUCUCCCGCCCGAACAUGUCAAGUCUUCAAAAAACGUCUCCCCUCCUACUUCCACCAAAAGUUCAAUGCCGUUCAAAACUCGGAAACCGGCAGGUUUUGGGCAAUUCCGGAGGACAUUGAGUCAGCGGCACCAGAGAACGUUGAGGGCAAAGAGGGGAUCGAUACAGCAGAGCAAGAGCCGGAAGCUGGGGGAAGAGCGCAAGAGCGGAAACCCAUGAUGGGGUCACCCUCGGGCUACGUUGUGGCCAGAAAACGGGUUCUCUACAACAUGAUGCAAAAGCCGGGCUCGGGUCCAUAUUCUGGAACCUCCAAGGCUGUCUUCGCCAGGCGGGAGAACCUGAAAACCCAAAGGAGCCAGAUCGUAUGGCGCCAAGACAUGGACGAGUUCGUGCUGGAGAAUCUGAGGCGUCAAGCGGUCAAUACGAUCUUGUAUUACCUGCGGCUGUCGAAAGACGCUGACCGUGGGUAUCUGAGGCCAUGUAGCUUCCGGGACGUCCACGAAAUGCAGAAGCGUGGGUGUCUGCUGUGGAUGCCACCAAACGAAGACGGCCCAGAGUCUUUGGAGCAAUUUGCUACUUUUGACGUCCCGGACGUCAAGUGGGAGAAGAAGCUGGCCGUCCAUGACCUCAACCAACUGCUGGGACCCGAACACAUGGCGACUUUAAGGCAGUAUUCCUUGUUCAAGGACAACUCGCUGAUCCUGUUGGGCAAGCGACGGUCAAUAGCUCUGCAGCUUGUGCUCUGGAAGCUACAGGGAUAUUUGGCAGAAUUCCCUCAAGAUUUCUGGGAAACUCCUUCGAAGACACAGCUGUCCAAAGAGGCUGUCGAGAUGGCAGGGGUUUCUCGCGAAGAGAUGCGCCGGGAGGGAAGCCAUCAGCAGGAGACCACUCCGAAGGACGAGGAAAGAGACCGCAAGCUGAAAGGGGUCAUCUCAGAAGAGGCCCGUUGGAUGGGAACGCCCCAAGACGCGGCAUGUCGAUAA